AUGGUUAAUUCAGAUUUUCAGGAAGGCAGAACUAAAGGGAGUGAUGCAGGCAUUGUAUGCAAGAUCCGUAAGCAAACUGGGUCGUACAUACCUUGCAGCUUCCGGGCCGAAAAGAAAGUUCUAUUUCACACACACUCAAAAAUUCGCAGAAAUUUGUUUUCGGCCCGAAAGUUGCAAGAUUCUUCAACAUACUUCUCAGGCCCAGAUACACAUUUCCAUCUUCCUGUCUCUUCAAAACGGAAACAUCAGCUCCUGCAUUUACCAACAUCAUGGGAGAUUGUUCUGCGGAAGAAUUCUCCCUGAACGAUUGAAGAUAAGA